AUGUCGGAUGCUACUACGAAUGCAAGCCGAAGCGGACAAGAAGAACCUUUGAAAAACGUCCUAGUCACUGGAGGGGCUGGGUAUAUUGGCUCCCACGUCGUCUACACCCUCCUCAAAACGCGUCAAUACAAAGUAAUAUCCAUCGACAAUCACCAUAAUUCUCUCCCAGCCUCUCUCGCGCGCGUCUCAGAACUCGCUUUGGAAGAGCACAAAGCGUCAUUAGGGCCGGAUACUCAACUUUCGCAAAGAGAUAUUGAUUCGACAAUCAUUGAUGCGCACGACUGCGAUCUCACCAAUCACUCUGCUGUACGGGAGAUAUUCGGGAAAUAUUACUCUUCUGAGAACGGGAAAGGUGGUAUCUGGGGCGUAGUACAUAUCGCGGCAUACAAAGCUGUUGGUGAAUCUACUUCCAUUCCCCUCACCUAUUACCAGAACAACGUAUCCGCAACGAUCUCCCUUCUCUCCAUCAUGCUUGAAUUCGACUGUACCCGACUCGUUUACUCAAGUAGUGCCACGGUCUAUGGUACACCACCGGAGGUCCCGAUUCCGGAAAGAACGAGAAGGGAAGCAGAUUCGCCGUAUGGCAGGACGAAAGUUAUGUGUGAGAUGGUGGUGGAGGAUUUGUGUGAGAGUAGUGGUAAUGCGGUGGCGGAUGGCUCUACGAAAACGCCAUUCCAAGCGAUAUCCCUCCGAUACUUCAAUCCGGCCGGCGCACACCCUUCUGGUAGAAUAGGUGAAGAUCCCCGUGGACGACCAGGUAAUCUGUUGCCGCUGUUAGCGCAUAUGGCUGUUGGGAGAGUCAAAGAUCCUGUAUUGAAGGUAUUCGGCAACGACUAUCCCACCGUCGAUGGUACCUGUGUCCGCGACUACCUCCACGUCCUCGAUCUCGCUGGUGGUCACGUCCUAGCCCUCCAAGCGCUCCAAGAAGGGUCUACUCUCAACGAAAAAGUUUUCGCUAGUGUAAGAGCAGGCAAAGGCAAAUUCAAAGCGUACAACCUCGGAAAAGGAAAAGGGAUGUCCGUAUUGCAAAUCGUUGAAGCCAUGAGGAAAGCCACCGGAUUCGAGUAUCAGACAGAGGUUGUUGGCAGGCGUCGCGGCGACGUCCCCGCCCUAAUCGCUGACCCUUCCCUGGCACGCACCGAACUCGGCUUUGACGCCCCACACGAUCUCGAGACAAUGUGCAGAGACCUAUGGAAUUGGCAGAAAGGUAAUCCUGCAGGAUAUGUGUAA